CAGAGUCGACUCUGCCCAGAGCUCUAGGUUAGCCAGAAAGGAGCAGACAGACAGACAGAUCUUAGCCCUUUUGGAUCCUCUAGCCAUGAGGCUCCUCUGGGGCCUGGUGUGGGCCUCCAGCUUCUUUGCCUUGUCUCUGCAGAAGCCCAGGCUUCUCCUAUUUUCUCCUUCCGUGGUUAACCUGGGGGUCCCCCUGUCUGUGGGGGUGCAGGUUCAAGGUAUCCAGUCAGGACAGGUGGUGAAAGGAUCAGUGUUCCUGAGAAACCCAUACAAUACUAGGUUCCCCUGCUCCCCAGAGGUGGGCUUCACCCUAAGCUCAGAAAAAGACUUUGCGCUCCUCAGCCUCCAGGUCCCCCUGGAAGAUGCAGAGGCUUGUGGCCUCCAUAAACUCCUUGGAAACCGUGAGGUUCAGCUGGUGGCCCGAUCCCCUUGGCUGAAGAACUCUCUGUCCAGGAAAACAGAUACUCAGGGUGUCAACCUGCUCUUCUCCUCCCGCCGGGGACACCUCUUCCUGCAGACUGACCAGCCCAUUUAUAACCCUGGUGGGCAGGUCCGGUACCGGGUCUUUGUUCUGGAUCAAAAGAUGCGCCCGGCCACUGACACCCUCACGCUCACUGUGGAGAACUCUCAGGGGCUCCGUGUGCGGAAGAGGGAAGUGUUCACCCCCUCGUCCAUCUUCCAGGAUGACUUUGCAAUUCCAGACAUUUCUGAGCCAGGGACUUGGAAGAUCUCAGCCCGGUUCUCAGACAGCCUGGACUCCAACUGCAGCACUGAGUUUGAGGUGAAGAAAUAUGUUCUUCCCAACUUCGAGGUAAAGAUCAUCCCCGGAGAGCCCUACAUCCUGACGACGCCUGGCUUUCUCGGGGAAAUCCAAUUAGACGUCCAGGCCAGGUACGUCUACGGGAAGCCAGUGCAGGGGGUGGCAUAUGUGCGCUUUGGGCUCUUAGGAAAGGAUAAUAAGAAGACUUUCCUUCGGGGGCUGGAGAAUCAGGCCAAGCUGGUUAAUGGCCAGAGACACAUUUCCCUCUCAAAGGCUGAGUUCCAGGGUGCCCUGGAGAAGCUUAACAUUGGGAUGGCUGACCUGCCGGGGCUGCGUCUCUAUGUUGCCGCGGCCAUCAUUGAGUCUCCAGGUGGUGAGCUGGAGGAGGCAGAGCUUACAUCCUGGCGGUUUGUGUCAUCUCCCUUCUCCUUGGAUCUUAGCAACACCAAGCAACAUCUCGUGCCUGGGGCCCCCUUUCUACUGCAGGCUCUGGUCCGUGACAUGUCCGGCUCCCCAGCCUCUGGCAUUCCUGUCAAAGUUUCUGCCACGUUGUCUUCUGGGUCUGCUUCUGAAACCCAGGACCUUCAGCAAAACACAGAUGGGGGUGGGCAGAUCAGCGUUCCCAUCAUUAUCCCUCAGGCCACUCAAGAACUGCAGCUCUUGGUGUCUGCAGGCUCCCCCCACCCAGACAUAGCCAGACUCAUUGUGAGGGCCCCACCCUCAGGAGGCCCCGGGUUUCUGUCCAUUGAGCGACUGGAGCCUCGACCCCCUCAAGUCGGGGACACCCUCAACCUGAACCUGCGCGCCACGGGCAUCAGCGGGGACAGCGUGUCCCAUUACUACUACAUGAUCCUUUCCCGGGGUGAGAUCGUGUCCAUGAAUCGAGAGCCCAGGAGGACCGUGACCUCGGUCUCCGUGUUUGUGGACCAUCACCUGACCCCCUCUUUCUACUUUGUGGCCUUCUACUAUCAUGGAGGCUCCCCAGUUGCCAACUCCCUGCGAGUGGACGUCCAGGCUGGGGCCUGCGAGGGCGAGCUGAAGCUGAACGUGGACGGAGCCAAGGAAUAUCAUCCUGGGGAGUCCAUAAAGCUCCACCUGCAAGUAGAUUCUCCGGCCCUGGUGGCGCUGGGAGCUGUGGACACGGCUCUGUAUGCUGUGGGUGGCAGGGCCUACAAACCCCUCAGCAUGAGCAAGGUCUUCGAAGUCAUGAACAGCUAUGACCUCGGCUGUGGCCCUGGGGGUGGGGACAGUGCCCUUCAGGUGUUUGAGACUGUAGGCCUGGCCUUUUCUGAUGGAGACCAAUUGACCUCGGUCAGAAAAAGUGUGAGCUGUCCCAAGAAAACGCGGAAAAUGAGGAACGUGAACUUCCAAAAGGCGAUUAAUGAGAAGUUGGGCCAGUACACUUCCCCGACAGCCAAGCGCUGCUGCCAGGAUGGGCUGACACGGCUACCCAUGGUGCGCUCCUGUGAGCAGCGGGCGGCCCGCGUGCAGCAGCCGGACUGCCGGGAGCCCUUCCUGUCCUGCUGCCAGUUUGCCGAGGGCCUGCGGAAGCAGGCCCGUGCCAGGGACCGGGGGGGUGUUGCCCGAGCCUUGGAGGUGCUGCAGGAGGAGGACCUGAUGGAAGAAGAUGACAUUCCCUUGCGCAGCUUUUUCCCGGAGAACUGGCUCUGGAGGCUGGAGAAAGUGGAUCAUUCCCGCACAUUGACAAAUUUCCUCCCUGACUCGCUGACCACCUGGGAGAUCCAUGCCGUGGGCCUGUCCCAGAGCAAAGGCUUGUGUGUGGCCGCGCCGGCCCGGUUCCGUGUGUUCCGUGACUUCCACCUGCACUUCCGCCUGCCCAGCUCUGUCCGCCGCUUUGAACAGCUCGAGCUCCGGCCAGUGCUCUACAACUACCUGGAUAAAAACUUGACUAUGAGCGUCCACGUGUCCCCAGUGGAGGGGCUGUGCCUGGCCGGGGGUGGAGGCCUGGCCCAGCAGGUGCUGGUACCUGCGGGCUCUGCCCAGCCUGUUGCCUUCUCCAUGGUGCCCAUGGCAGCUGCUGCUAUAUCUCUGAAGGUGGUGGCUCGAGGGUCCUCAGAGUUUCCCAUUGGGGACGCGGUCACUAAGGUUCUUCACAUUGAGAAGGAAGGGGCCAUCUUCAGGGAGGAGAUUAUCUAUGAACUCAACCCCCUGGACCACCGAGGCCGAAGCUUGGAAAUUCCUGGCAACUCUGAUUCCAACAUUAUCCCUGAUGGAGAUUUCAGCAGCUUUGUCAGGGUCACAGCCUCAGAUCCGCUGGACACCCUGGGCUCUGAGGGGGCCUUGUCGUCAGGAGGCCUGGUCUCCCUGCUGAGGCUUCCCCAAGGCUGCGGGGAGCAAACCAUGCUCUACUUGUCUCCAACGGUGGCUGCCUCCCGCUAUCUGGACAAGACGGAGCAGUGGAGCAAACUGCCCCCUGAGACCAAGGACCACGCAAUGGAUCUGAUCCAGAAAGGCUACAUGCGGAUCCAGCAGUUCCGGAAAUCAGAUGGCUCCUACGGGGCUUGGUUACACCGCGGCAGCAGUACCUGGCUCACGGCCUUUGUGCUGAAGGUACUGAGUUUGGUCCAGGAGCAGGUGGGCGGCCCACCAGAAAAGCUGCAGGAGACUGCUAGGUGGCUGCUGUCCCAGCAGCAGGCUGACGGCUCCUUCCAGGACCCUCUCCCAGUCAUCCAUAGGGGCAUGCAGGGGGGCUUGGUGGGAAAUGAUGAGACCGUGGCGCUCACGGCCUUCGUGGUCAUCGCCCUUCAUCACGGGCUGGCCGUCUUCCAGGACAAGGAUGCAGAGGAGCUGAAGGAGAGAGUGAAAACUGCUAUCUUAGCUGCAGACUCCUUUCUGGGGACAAAAGCAAGCACUGGGCUGCUGGGCACCCACGCAGCUGCCAUAACGGCCUAUGCCCUGACACUGAGUGGCGCCUCCGAGGACCUGCGCAAUGUUGCCCACAACAACCUCAUGGCCAUGGCCCAGGAGACCAGUGAUUACCUGUACUGGGGCUCAGUCAUCGGGUCUGAGAACAAUGCCGUGUCGCCCACCCUGGCUCCUCAGAGUCCAUCAGAGCCCGUGCCCCAGGCCCCAGCCGUGUGGAUCGAAACCACAGCCUACGGCCUGCUGCACCUGCUACUUCAGGAGGGCAAGGGGGAGGCGGCCGACCGGGCCGCAGCCUGGCUCACCCGCCAGGGCAGCUUCCAGGGGGGAUUCCGCAGCACCCAGGACACAGUGAUAGCCCUGGAAGCCCUGUCUGCAUACUGGAUCGCUUCCCACACCACCGAGCAGAGGGGCCUCAAUGUGACCCUCAGCUCCAUGGGCCGCAAUGGAUUCCAGUCCCACACACUCGAGCUUCACAACCACCAAAUCAAGGGGCUGGAGCAGGAGCUGCAGUUUUCCUUGGGCAGCAAGAUUAACGUGAAGGUGGGAGGAAACAGCAAAGGCACCUUGAAGAUCCUCCGUAGCUACAAUGUCCUAGACAUAAAGAACACGACCUGCCAGGAUCUUCAGAUCACGGUGACAGUCAAAGGCUACGUGGAGUACACGAUGGAAGCCAAUGAGGACUACGAGGACUAUGAGUAUGAGCAGCUCCCAGCCCGGGAUGACCCAGACGCCCACCCCCGGCCCGUGACGCCCCUGCAGCUGUUCGAGGGACGGAGGAACCGGCGCAGGAGGGAGGCGCCCAAGGUGGCGGAGGAGCAGGAGUCCAGAGUGCAGUACACCGUGUGCAUCCAGCAGAACGGCAAGGCGGGGCUCUUCGGCAUGGCCAUUGCCGACAUCUCCCUCCUGAGUGGGUUCCAGGCCCUGCGGGCUGACCUGGAGAAGCUGACCUCCCUCUCCGACCGGUACGUGAGUCACUUUGAGACGGAGGGGCCUCAUGUCCUGCUCUACUUCGACUCGGUACCCACCUCCUGGGAGUGUGUGGGCUUCGGGGCUGUGCAGGAGGUGCCCGUGGGGCUGGUGCAGCCAGCCAGCGCAACCCUGUACGACUACUACAACCCCGAGCACAAAUGUUCUGUGUUUUACGGGGCACCAAGUAAGAGCAAACUCUUGGCCACGCUGUGCUCUGGUGACGUCUGCCAGUGUGCUGAGGGGAAGUGCCCUCGACAGCGGCGAGCCCUGGAGCGGGGGCUACAGGACGAGGACGGUUAUAGGAUGAAGUUUGCCUGCUACUAUCCCCGCGUGGAGUAUGGCUUCCAGGUUAAGGUUCUCCGAGAAGACAGCAGAGCUGCUUUCCGCCUCUUUGAGUCCAAGAUCAAUCAAAUCCUGCACUUUACCAAGGACACCAAGGCCACUGCCGGGCAGACCCGAAACUUCCUGGUUCGAGCCUCUUGCCGCCUCCGCUUGGAACCUGGGAAAGAAUAUCUGAUCAUGGGUCUGGACGGGUCCACCCUGGACUUCAAGGGGGACCCCCAAUACCUGCUGGACUCAAACAGCUGGAUCGAGGAGAUGCCCUCUGAGAGCCUCUGCCGAAGCACCCGCCAGCGGGUGGCCUGUGCCCAGCUCAGAGACUUCCUGCAGGAGUACGGCACUCAGGGCUGCCAGGUGUAGGGCUGCUUUCCCAGCUUCCUCAGAAGGAGCUGAGCUGGGAAGGGCAGUGCUGGAAGGGGUUGCAUCUGGUGCGCUGAGCAUAGCCCCUGGGCAGGGCCGGGGGCAUAAUAAAGGCCUUUGACAGCCAAG